UACGGCAGUAAGGCGUACUGGGACGAGCGAUUCGAGGAGGGCUGCACGGUGGGCGCCUCCUCGGAGAGGGGCGAGGUGAACAACGAGUGGUACGCGGGUUACGACGAGCUCGAGCCCAUCAUCGAGCGAUUCACCCGACGGAACCACCGCGUGCUCAUCCUCGGAUGCGGCACGAGCACGCUGGGAGAGGAGCUCGCCGUGCGAGGCUUCAGCCGCGUAGAGGCUGUGGACUACAGCGAGAACGCCAUCCUGCGCAUGCGAGAGGUGCAGGAGCAGAGGCUGGUUGACUAUCGGAUCAUGGACGUGACCAAGAUGACCUACCCGGACAGGAGCGUGGAUUGCGUCAUCGACAAGGCGACGCUGGACACCAUGAAGCAGCUCGACGACGACGACGACGACGACGACUUGGAGAACUUCGACCCGGGCGCGACGAAGAGGGCCCCCGCGCGCGACCCCGAAUCGCACGCGGCGAGGAUGCUCCGCGAAGCGUGUCGCGUCCUCAAACCCGGCGGGCACUACGUCUGCGUCACGUACGGCGAACCCGCGACGCGACUCUCGCUUUUCGAU